UUUCCAUUAGAAAUGUUUUUUCAAUAUUAUUUUGAACCUUAUAAUCAUUCUCAAUAGUAAUUUAAUUUGUCGAUUGCUAUGCUGAAUCUUCUCAAAAUAAUCAUAUUCAAUUUAUAAAUCAAUAUAAUGACCUAUUUAAUAGUCGUAAAACGGCAAGGUGAUCUAGGUAACACUCAUUAAAAAAGUUACUUUUUCGACAAUAAUACGAUGUUCUUCUAGACCCCACCUUGAACAGGCAGCCUAUUCUAUUACUUUCUAAUGGUGGUGAAUCUUGAGAAAUUGGAUUCGAGAGUCAGCAUUCACCAGGAAAAUUCAAAUGAUAUAGCUAUUGUUUCAAACAGAGGUCGUCUUCAGAAAUGGAAAUUGUUUUGAUACCGGAGUGAAAUUCAGAAAUAUUAGUCAAAAUCAACUAUUCUAUUGUAACCAUGUGGAACAAUAGUACUUCAUAUGCUCUAAUAAUUUGACUCCACUGUAAUAUGCAUACGAUUGGUAGUCUACGAUUGCAUACGAUUUAUGGUUGCGUUAAACAGUCCCUAGCUGCGCCAGCCCUGACAAAUUUGUAAUGGAAUCAACUAACUAUCAAACCUUUAUAAAUGAAACUGAAUAAACUAAUUUCGUGAUUAAAAUUUUGAUACGCGAAAUUAAUAUUUGUUUAUUCGAUUACUAUUUGGAUAUUUCCAUGAGAUAGAAAGUGGAGCGAAAAAAUAUUAGCACUAGUUUUUGCUGAUUAAAAAUAAGUUACAAUAAAGAGUGAAGUGUCAGCUUGCUUUUGACAAACGAUAAAGGUGAAAUAAUUUUUUCACAUUCAUUCGAUAGAAGUGGACCAAGUAUCUUCUAUUUGAAAAAUAGCAAUACUAUUAUUUAUUCAAUUUAUAGACCUCUGAAAACACAUGAAAUAUGAAUUGAAGAUUCCUUCCAAAUGGAAAAGGAUUUUGCACUAUUGAUCUCUGUAUAUUGAUUUCAUCCAGGAUUCUUUUGUUUCCAUUUCAUUAUUUUCUUUGAUGCCCCAAUAUGCUAUCAACUUUGUUUAGAAACAAAGAGUAUAUAGGAUCCUACUCUCUGGUUAGAACAUGAUACUCGAAUCGUAUUUUGUAUCUUCCUAGAUCAAGUCCAGUUCAUGACGGUUCAUUGUUACAGAUUUAUGAAAAUGAUAAAUAAUCAAGAAUGUACACCACUCGAAUAUCCUUUUGCAUUUAUCAAGAGAAAUUUAUGACCUAAAAAUAAUUAUUCAUUCCCAGUAAAUGUAUUCUGUAAACAGAUUCUGAACCAUUUAUAACCAAAUCUCUCCUCUUAUAUCCUUCAGAACAAUCAAUAAUCAAAAACCUCACUCCAAAUAAAAAUGAAUUAACUUUCAUAAUAAAUGUUCCAUAGAAUAUGACUCUUUCCCCUGUUGAGAGUAAUUUUCAUUUCUCCAGAGCAAUUUUCUCUUAGAAAAUUAGAUGUACUCGCAUACGUAUAAUGCCAAAUACAUUAUUAUUAUAAAACGUUUCCUAUCGAAGUGAUCAUCUCAAUUUGUUCAGAACAUUGAUUCCUCUUCUAGUGAAAAGUUACUUCUAUAGAAAUAGCUGAUUGAAACCUAUUCAUACAAUUUUCUUUCCUCUAUGAAAAUCAUUUAUAUUUUUUCCAGGCAUCACUCUCAGAGUUGCAUUGUACAACAAUGAAUAUUUGAGGCAUAUGAAACUCACCUUAUUGGAAUACGCAUCUUCAUUAGAACAAUGAUUAACAGCCCACGUAUUUCAUCCCGCUGAAUGCAAUUUCCUAAGAUUGUCGUAUCGAGUGGCUGCAGAAGGGAUAGACGAAGGAAUAGAUGUCACAGAAACAGAGAUUGUUGCUGCUAUUGCUGUGACGACGACUGCUGCUGUGAUUCGUCAAGACGCUGUCGACACAAACCAAGGAGAUCUCACAGAUGCAGAUCAAGAUGCUGCGACGAUGACUGUUGCUGCUGCUGCUGUGAACCAAACAAAUGCUGCGAAACAUCAUGUUGUGGACUCAAUAGAUGUCAAAAAUCAUGUUGUGGGCUAAACAAAUGUGAAACACCAUGCUGCUCCCCUCAGAAAUCUGGUGACACAAUCAUUAUCACUGGUAAUAACAGGCCCGGAUGCUCUUGUGGAUGCUGUGAAUCUCCCAGCUGUUCAGGGAGAAAAGUCAUCGUACAAAGUCCCGCAGUUUGUGGUUGUGGAUGUCAACCAAUCUCAAAUCCAUGGAGCUAUGGAGGAAUGGGGUGUGGACAAUGUGAUCCCCUUUGUAACAAUGGUCAAGGGAAGACUACCAUUGUUAUCAAGGAGCCCACACAUGCUAUUCCGUGCUGUUGAUUAUUUCUCCAUCAUAAUGGAUCAUUUAUCGAUGAAUAGGUUGGCAAAGCGUGUUGGAAUCAUGUUGUAGUCUUGCUGUCAAUAAAUAUUUUGUAUUUUUUCAUA